AUGAAAGCAGACCUCGCCAAGCUGGCCACGAUGCUGCGCACCCCCAACUGCUCGCGGUGCCGCAACCAUGGCUACCUGGUGGCCGUCAAGGGCCAUGCGGGCAAGUGCCGCUGGAAGCAGUGCAAUUGCGAGAAGUGCUACCUCAUCACCGAACGCCAGAAGAUCAUGGCCGCGCAGAAGAUGCUCAAGAAGCAGGCCUCCGACGAGGACCGGCUCUCUCUGAGCAUCAACUCGGAUGCUAUGGUGCGGUCUGAGUACCUGGAGAGAGAGCCUUCCAAGCUGUAUCCCAGCUGCUCCAGCAUGUACUAUCGCCCGUUCCCGAUGGGCUACCAGGAUCCCUCCCCGGGCCUGGGCAUCUCCCUGCAGCAGGGCUUCCGGCACGUGUCCUUCAGCCACUACCAUGGAGAAGGCUCGGUGCCAGAGCCAGUGGAAAACUUCCAGCCAAGCUAUCCGCCUCCGCCACCGCCUCCGCCUCCGCCUCCGCCACCAUCACCAUCACCAUCACCCCUGAUGCCGCAGCCGCCACCCCUGCUGCCGCCACCCCUGUCACCCCCGCCCCCGUUCCUCCCACCAGGCUUCCUCGCUGGGAUCCAUUUCCUGCCACCACCGCCACCACCACCGCCACCAGCACCUUUCUCACUGACCGUCCCGUCUGAUGCGGACCAGGAGACCGCGGAUGACCAGGUUGCAGGGAUGCCUCCUGAGCCCAGCCAGCCAUCGUCUCAGGAGCAGUCCGACUAGGCCCCGGGCCUCUGGCCAGCAAAAUGGGGCAUCGGGGGGGUGACAGCAAUGAUUUUCUUGUCUGUGUUUAGUGAUGUUAGGG